AUGGAAGAGAAGGGAGAAGGCAAUUCUCUGUGCUUAAACGGUUUGCAGAAAGUAGCUGCUUCUUCAUCCUUGACACCCACUCAGUCACCGGAUAUUCUGGCUUGGAUCAGAAAGGAGGUAGCCCAGGGCAUCUCAGAGGCCAUGGAAGGAAGGAAGCGGUCAGAGAAAAGACCUAGACAGAGGCAAGUUUCCUCAGAGUCAUCAGCAUCAGAAUGCCAAGAUCCAUCUGAGGAAUUUCAGGUAAUCGAUCAGGUUGGUUCUAAUGAAAGCAAGGAAGAGAUCCUUUUAGAAUCACUAGAUGCUAAGACAGUGGAUAAGCUUAUCCUCAUGGCAAGAAAGACCCUAGAAAUACCAGAAGAGCUUCCUAAGAGUGACAGUUCCGAUAGACACUUUGCGGACCUCAGGAAGCAAAAACUUUACUUUACUCUUCACAGGGCGAUUUGUUUACCUCAGAAUGGGAAAAAAUAG